ACUGUUUGCUCAGGCAGAGAUGGUAAAAAACCCAGUUUGCUGCAGAGCUGAACCAAGCUCAGAGAAGUGAAACAGUGGAUGAUCCGAAGUGCUCCAGUUUCAGACGGAGUGUGUCCAAGUGACACACGCUUGCUGAAAUGCAGCUUGCAUUUUCUACGUUGUUCGCUUCCCAUGCGAAGCGCGCUGCUAGGAUCUAACCUUUAGAUAGGGUGUGACUUUCUUUAUGAGAGUAAAAGGAAACUAAAUUAUGAAAUAGCUCUUACGUGACUAUUACACGCUAUCUAGGAUUCAAAGCUCUCGAGUAAAUGAUCUAAAUAUUACUUUAAAAGGCAAAGAUAUUCUCACAUGUCAAAAAAACCUCCCCCAAACUCCACCAGCCACUCUUUCAACGGAAGCCUAAAGAAUUUAUAUAGUGGGAUGGAGAAAAUGAGAAUAACAGUCAUCUAAAAAUCGCCAUUGGUGAAGCGAUGAAGAACAUUUGCUGGCUUAUUCUGAAACUUGUCAAUGUUGCGACUCUUGGCUGCAUAUGGAUUUCUGUGGUACAGUGUACGGUUUUACACAGCUGCCUAAAGUCAUGUGUAACUAACCUGGGCCGGCAGCUUGACAUUGGCACACCAUAUAAUCUGAGUGAACCUUGCAUCCAAGGAUGUCAUUUUUGGAACUCUGUAGAUCAGGAAAACUGUGCUUUAAAGUGUAACAAUACCUAUGGCACUGUUUAUGAGCGAGCAUCAUGUGAGGUCGGCUGCAGGAGUGCUGAAGGUGCAUUCGAGGAGGAAGCGCUAGAAAAUGCCGAUUUCCCCACCGCACCCUUUGCUUCUUCCAUUGGAAGCCAUGGUGUGACCUUACGAUGGAAAUCUGCCAACAUUUCUGGAGUAAAAUACAUCAUUCAGUGGAAAUAUGCACAACUUCCUGGAAGCUGGACUUAUACUGAGGCCGUGUCCAAGCUCUCAUAUGUGGUACAGCCCCUGCAUCCCUUCACUGAGUAUAUUUUUCGAGUGGUCUGGAUCUUCACAGCCCAGCUACAGCUGUAUUCUCUGCCAAGUCCCAGUUACAGGACUCAUCCUUAUGGAGUUCCUGAGACUGCUCCUUCCAUUAGAAAUAUUGAGAGCUCGAGUCCCGACACCGUGGAAGUCAGUUGGGCUCCACCCCAAUUCCCAGGAGGACCUAUUUUGGGUUAUAACUUAAGACUGAUCAGCAAAAAUCAACAAUUAGAUUCAGGGACACAGAGAACCAGUUUCCAGUUUUACUCCACUCUGCCAAAUACCACCUACAGGUUUUCCAUUGCAGCAGUAAAUGAAGUUGGUGAGGGGCCAGAAGCAGAAUCUAGUAUUACCACUUUAUCCUCAGCAGUAAAAUAUGGGUAUGUCUUUUAUCUCCUGAAAGACGGCAUUUAUAGAGUAGAUCUCCCCGUGCCAUCUGGUUGGGACUCAGAAGCCCUACAUAUUGUGGAGAGUUGCACACUAAAGGACUUUGCAGUGAAGCCACAGUCCAAACGAAUCAUUUACUUCAAUGACACCGCUCAUGUCUUCAUGUCAACAUUUCUGGACGGCUCUGCUUCCCAUCUUGUCCUAGCUCAUGUCUCCUUUGCUGAUGUGAAGAGCUUUGCUUGUGAAAACAAUGACUUCCUUGUCACAGAUGGCAAGGCCAUUUUCCAGCAGGACUCUCUGUCUUUUAAUGAGUUCAUCGUGGGAUGUGACCUGAGUCACAUAGAAGAGUUUGGCUUUGGUAACCUGGUCAUCUUCAGCUCCUACGCUCAGCCGCACCCCCUGCCAGGCCGCCCACAGCAGCUCUCCGUGCUCUUUGGCUCCCACCAGGCCCUGGUUCAGUGGAAGCCCCCUGCCUUCGCCAUUGGAGCCAGCCCUUCUGCCUGGCAGAACUGGAUUUAUGAGGUGAAAGUAUCAACCCAAGACUUUCCUGAAAUCACUCACGUUUUCUCGAACAUCAGUGGGACCGUGCUUCAUGUGUCUGAGCUGCAGAGUGCUACGAAAUACAAGGUUUCUGUGAGAGCCAGUUCUCCCAAAGGGCCAGGCCCUUGGUCAGAGCCUUCGGUGGGUACUACCCUGGUGCCAGCUUCAGAACCACCAUUUAUCAUGGCUGUGAAAGAAGAUGGUCUUUGGAGUAAGCCACUGAAUAGCUUUGGCCCAGGAACAUUCUUAUCCUCUGAUAUAGGAAAUGUGUCAGACAUGGAUUGGUAUAACAACAGCCUCUACUACAGCGAUAUGAAAGGUGAUGUUUACGUGUGGCUGCUGAAUGGGACGGAUAUCUCAGAAAAUUAUCACAUAUCCAACAUUGCAGGAGCAGGCGCUCUAGCUUUUGAUUGGCUGGGUCAAUUUCUCUACUGGGCUGGAAAGACAUAUGUGAUACAAAGGCAGUCUCUGUUGACAGGGCACACAGACAUUGUGACUCAUGUGAAGUUGUUGGUGAAUGACAUGGUGGUGGAUUCAGUUGGAGGUUAUCUCUAUUGGACCACACUCUACUCAGUGGAAAGUACCAGGCUAAAUGGAGAAAGUUUCCUGGUACUACAGGCACAGCCUUGGAUUUCUGGGAAAAAGGUAAUUGCUUUAACUUUAGACCUUAGCGAUGGGCUCCUGUAUUGGUUGGUUCAAGACAGUCAAUGUAUUCACCUGUAUGCAGCUGUUCUUCGGGGGCAGAGCUCUGGGGAGACCAACAUCACAGAAUUUGCAGCCUGGAGUACUUCAGAAAUUUCCCAGAAUACACUGAUGUACUAUAGUGGUCGACUCUUCUGGAUCAAUGGCUUUAGGAUUAUCACAGCUCAGGAAAUAAGUCAGAGAGCCAGUGUCUCUGUUUUGGAACCAGCCAAAUUUAAUCAGUUCACGAUUAUUCAGACGUCCCUCAAGCCUCUGCCAGGCAACUUUUCCAUUACCCCCAAGGUCAUCCCAGAUUCUGUUCAAGAGUCUUCAUUUAGAAUCGAAGGGAAUGCUUCAAGUUUUCAAAUCCUGUGGAAUGCUCCCCCUGCAGUGGAUUGGGGUGUAAUUUUCUACAGUGUGGAAUUCAGUUCUCAUUCUAAGUUCCUGGCUAGUGAACAACAGCUUUUACCGGUAUUUACUGUGGAAGGGCUGGAGCCUUAUGCCUUCUUUAAUCUCUCUGUCACUCCUUAUACGUACUGGGGAAAAGGCCCCAAAACAUCUCUGUCACUUCGAGCACCUGAAACAGUUCCGUCGGCACCACAGAACCCCAGGAUAUUUGUAUUACCAAGCGGAAAAUACCGUAACCAGAAUGAAGUUGUGGUGGAAUUUCGAUGGAAUAAGCCCAAGCAUGAAAAUGGUGUGUUUACAAGAUUUGAAAUUUUCUACCAAAUAUCCAACCAGACAGACACAAAUGAAACUUUCGAAGACUGGAUCGCUAUCAAUGCAGCUCCCUCGGAGAUGUCUUUUCAGCUUGAACGCAUGAGUCCUGGGUACACUGUCGCCUUCCAGGUUCGAGUCUUCACAUCCAAAGGACCUGGGCCAUUUUCUGACAUAGUAAAGUCCAAAACAUCAGAAAUUAGCCCAUUUCCAUACCUCAUAACUCUUUUUGACAGCAAGAUAGUUCUAUUAGAUAUGGAUCAAAGUCAAAUUGUUUGGACGUUCUCAACAGAAAGAGACAUCAGUAGCGUGGGCUAUACAGCUGAUGAUGGAAUGGGCUAUUAUGCUCAAGGAGACUCACUCUGCCUUCUGAACAUGCACAACAGGUCCACUUCUGAGAUUUUCCGAGAUACACUGGUUUUUGAUAUCACAAUUAUUACAAUUGACUGGAUUUCAAGGCAUCUUUACUUUGUGCGAAAAGCAUCACAAAAUGGAAUGCAAAUAUUUGAUGUUGAUCUUGAACACAAGGUGAAAUACCCCAGAAAGCUGAAAAUUUGCAAUAGAAAUUCAACAAUAGUCUCUUUUUCAGUAUAUCCUCUUUUAAGUCGCCUGUAUUGGACAGAAGUUUCAGACUUUGGCUCUCAGAUGUUCUACUACAGUAUUAUCAACCAGACCUUGAGUCACAUUCUUCCACCCAUAGCUACAAACCAUUCAAAUGGAAGGAGUCAGUGUUUUUGUGGUGUUACUCAAUUUGAGUUUAGUGGAACAAUGACGAUUGAUACCUCUGACCCAAAGAAACCGCAGAUAUAUUUUGUCAAAGGGCAAGAGAUCUGGGCCAUGGAUCUGGAAGGAUGUCGGUGCUGGCCAGUUAUCAUGGUGCCCACUCUGCUUGGAAAAACACUUGAAAGCUUAACCGUGGAUGGGGAAUUUCUAUACUGGAUCUCCUCGGCAAAGGACAGCACACAGAUUUAUCAAGCGAAGAAAAGCAAUGGGGCCAUUGUCUCUCUGGUGAAGGCUGAAAGGAGUAAGCGUAUCUUGGCUUACAGUUCAGUUCUGCAGCCUUUUCCAGAUAAAGCAUUACUGCAUCUAGCUUCAGAUAUAGCAGAGCCAGUUAUACUUAACACCACUAACACCAGCCUCACAAUCAGAUUACUGCCCACCAGGACCAACCUCUCGUGGCCCGACAUCACCAGCCCUACUCCAACAUACCUGGUUUAUUACAAAGAAGUUAAUGACAGGAAAACCAGCUCUGAGCUGAAAUAUAAAAUGCUGGAGUUUCAGGAGAGGAUAGUCCUUAUUGAUGGUUUACAACCAUUUUCAACAUAUGUGAUACAGACAGCUGUAAAGAAUUAUUAUUCAGACCCUGUGGAACGGUUACCUCUGGGAAAAAAGAUCUGGGGAAAAACUAGAAGUGGAGUGCCUGAGGCAGUUAGGCUCAUUAACACAACUGUGCAGUCAGACACCAGCCUCCUUAUAUCCUGGAGAGAAUCUCACAAGCCAAAUGGACCUAAAGAGUCAGUCCGCUAUCAGUUGGCAAUCUCACAUCUGGCUCUAAUUCCAGAGACCCCUCUAAGACCAAGUGAAUAUCCAAAUGGAAGACUCGCUGUCCAUGUUACUAGACUGUCCGGUGGGAAACUGUAUGUGUUAAAGGUUCUGGCCUGCCAUGCUGAGGAAAUGUGGUGUGCUGAGAGUCAUCCUGUCACUGUCAAAAUGUUUGACACACCGGAGAAACCGUAUGCCUUGGUUCCAGAGAACACUAGUUUGCAAUUAGAUUGGAAGGCUCCAUCUGAUGUUAACCUCACCAGAUUUUGGUUUGAACUCCAGAAGUGGAAAGACAAUGAGUUUUCCCGUGUUAACACUUCAUGCAUCCAAGGCCUGGCUUAUGUGUGUAACAUCACAGAUCUACAGCCUUACACGUCCUAUACUGUCCGCGUAGUGGUGGUUUAUAGGACAGGAGAAAAUAGCACCUCACUCCCAGAAAGCUUUAAGACAAAAGCUGGAGUACCAAGUAAACCAGGCAUUCCAAAAGUAUUAGAAGGGAGCAAAGAUUCAAUACAGUGGGAAAAAGCCGAAGAUAAUGGAAGCCGGCUUAUGUACUAUAUCCUUGAGAUCAGAAAGGGCAUUUCAAAUGAUUCACAGAACCAGAAUUUAAUGUGGAAGAUGGCAUUUAAUGGAUCCUGCAGUAGUAUUUGUACAUGGAAGUCCAAAAACCUGAGAGGAAGAUUUCAGUUCAGAGUAGUAGCCGCAAAUAAUCUGGGAUUUGGUGACUAUAGUGGAAUCAGUGAGGAUAUUCUGUUAGUUGGAGAUGGUUUUUGGAUACCAGAAACGAGCUUUGUACUUACUAUUAUAAUUGGAAUAUUUCUGGUUGUUACAAUCCCAGUGGUCUUUGUCUGGCACAGAAAAUUAAGGAAUCAAAAAACUCCCAAGGAAGGGCUGACGGGUCUCAUAAACGAAGACAAAGAGUUGGCUGAGCUCCGCGGUCUGGCAGCUGGAAUAGGGCUGGCUAAUGCCUGCUAUGCCAUACAUACUCUUCCAACCCAAGAGGAGAUUGAAUGUCUUCCUGCCUUCCCUCGGGAAAAACUGACUCUGCGCCUCUUGUUGGGAAGUGGGGCCUUUGGAGAAGUGUAUGAAGGGGCAGCAGUGGACAUCUUAGGAGCUGGAAGCGGAGAAACCAAAGUAGCAGUGAAGACUUUGAAGAAGGGCUCCACAGACCAGGAGAAGAUUGAGUUCCUGAAAGAGGCACAUCUGAUGAGCAAGUUUAACCAUCCCAACAUUCUGAAGCAGCUUGGAGUUUGUCUGCUGAACGAACCCCAAUACAUUAUCCUGGAACUGAUGGAAGGAGGAGACCUUCUUACCUAUUUGCGUAAAGCCCGGAUGACAAAGGCAUCUCGAACUUGUGUUGGCCAGAACAGAAAUCUUGAUUUCAUACCUCGUCCUCCAAGCCAUCCAUCCAGUUCCUUGCUUUCAUACAAGGUUCUUAAUGGACAUCGGCACAAUAAUCACCUGAGGUUUGGGGAUCUGGCAGCUCGCAAUUGCCUUGUCUCUGUGAAAGACUAUACCAGUCCAUCACGGGUGGUGAAGAUUGGGGACUUUGGACUCGCGAGGGACAUCUAUAAAAAUGAUUACUAUAGAAAGACAGGGGAAGGCUUACUCCCCGUUCGGUGGAUGGCUCCAGAAAGUUUGAUGGAUGGAAUCUUCACUACUCAAUCUGACGUAUGGUCUUUUGGAAUUCUGAUUUGGGAGAUUUUAACUCUUGGUCAUCAGCCUUAUCCAACUCAUUCCAACCUUGAUGUUUUAAACUAUGUGCAAACAGGAGGGAGACUGGAGCCACCAAGAAAUUGUCCUGAUGAUCUGUGGGAUCUAUUGACCCAGUGCUGGGCUCAAGAAGCUGACCGAAGACCUACUUUCCACAAAAUUCAAGACCAGCUUCAGUUAUUCAGAAAUGUUUCCUUAAAGAGUAUUUCUCAACGCAGAGAAGAAGCAGACCCCAGUGGAGUCAUAAAUGAAGGCUUUGAAGAUGAAGAUGGCAGUGUGAUCUGUUUGAAUUCAGGUGACGUUAUGUCAAUAGCCUUAAUGGAAACCAAGAACCAAGAAGGCUUAAACUAUAUGGUACUUGCCACAGGAUGUAGCCAAGGUGAAGAAAAUUCCGAGGGUCCUCUAGGCUCCAAGGAAUCUGAAUCUUGUGGUCUGAGGAAAGAAGAGAGGGAACCACAUGCGGACAAAGAUCUCUGCCAAGAAAAACAAGUGGCUUACUGUCCUCCUGGCAAGCCUGAAGGCCUGAACUAUGCCCGUCUCACUCAUAGUGGAUAUAGAGAUGGGUCUGAUUAGUAGCUCUGUUUGGGAAAUGCGGAGUUGAGAUAAACACUCCCAUUAAGUAGUUACUGAAAGAAAACCCUAGUAGAAUGAUAGCUGUGGUGGUAGUCUAUGACUCCAAAUUAACACUGAAAAGUUCCUGACUUCCUGAAUUCUUGGUUCCGAGAGCCAUUUGAUUUCAGUUGUGACAAUCCCCAUAACAACUGCCUAACCUUCAGCAGAAUUCCCAGGUGAACCACUAAACAUUAGGAAAGCUUAGGAAGACUCAAGAAUCUGGAAGGGAAACUGCCCUCCCCUCCCUUGAGGCCCCUUAGUCCAUUGCCCACCCUUCAGUCUGGGCUGUACCAGAAGCAUCUUGGUUAGAUGGUGAGAGACAAAAGAGCUAUGUUCAGGGACCUGAAGGAGGGGGAUGAAGAGCAUGCUCAGGGGGUCGACUGAGCUACAGAUAUAUAUAUAUAUCUGGAAAUGACUAAGUAACUCCACACAUACAGAAGGAACCAGCACUUGGGACAUGAGAGAUCAUUUGGAAUGCUAUUACUACAAUAAAGUAUUGUCUUUAAUGACUACUCUAAAGUACUUUGUAUUUUGGAGCCUUGGAAGAGCAGCUUCAGAGAGCUCUAAGUCCUAAAGUUUAACAUUCCAUGAACUUUGGGUUAUAGAAAAAUCGCUCUGUGACUUGUGUGCUGCUAUGGAAUUUAGCUAAUAUAAAGAUCGUUUUCAUUUGCUGUAUCUAUCUUAUACAUAAAAUACUUAAGAUUACACUUAGUAUCAACUCUCCUUAAAACUAAAUAUAAAUGAUUGUAUGAUGUUAAUUUAAGCUCUGUGAUUUUUUAGCAACUACAUGAAAUAAUAGAUAUCUAAAUGAGAACUAUUAAAAACAUUUCUUCAGAGAAAUGCUCUGAUUUAAAGCCAAUCAUGUUUUUGCAGUCACCCAUUUAAAUCUGAGUGCCUCAAUUCCUCCAAGGGCAACGCUAAUGAAAGCAUUCUGUGUGUUAUCAGUUGCAGUAUACAGGAUGUUUGCUAGAUACAGAAAAUACUUUGAUUAUAAAAUUUGCUAAAAACUACUCCUGGAAGAGGAUCACAUAUCCAUUUGCACCAGGGAUAGUUUGGUUCUUUUUUUAACUUGCUUACUGCCUGAGAGGCUGCACCGAUGGUUGGCUGCAUGGUGAGGGACACAGGCAAGUCGGUGUGUGAGUUCUGUGUGGGACGGCCCCCAAGGAAACGUCCAGGACCUGUGGCCUCUGCUAUAACUGUGAUUCCAUGGAACAAAGCGGGAUAUUUUCUCUCUAAUCUUCUGAUGUUCUAAUGGACAUUUAUCAUUCUUCUCAAUAGCCCAGCAUAUGACACCCCUUGCCAUGCUGGGGAAUUCCUCCACCUGUAUCUUCUGGGUGGGAGCUACAUUCGAUUUGCUUCCCCCAAGAUCUCUUGUAGCAAGAAGGCAGGCAUGUGACCCCCACCACUCAGACACACCUACCACAGGCUUCUAAUUGAGAGGUAAGGAAGCAAAGAAACAGGGCCCACAGUUAGUCUUCCCAGGUGGUGGCGGCGACUGUAGCUGGUCUGACUCCUGGCAUCCAGUGUCCAGGGCCAAGACAGUCUGCAGAGCAGAUCUGGAGCCUGGUGCCUCUCGCAGUCCGGGUAGCCAGAUUAGACUGGUUCUGCUGUCUGCUUUUAGCCAGUGCUCCGGCUCCAGUCUGGCUCUCAAGCCCUCCCAGGGAUUUUGUGAGUUACCCUUGUAUCCUUUUAAUAAAUGUUUUUCUUUUAAAUCA